AUGCACUACAAUGAGCAGAUUAUGCCCAUGUUCAUACCCCAGCGCAACCUCUACGAAGCCCGCGAACGACUCUCCAAAGUCUACCACUGGACAACCUUUGUGACGGCCAAUGUCCUGAUCGAACUGGGCUGGAGCACACUUAUGGAGGUCAUCAUAUUCUUUUGUUGGUACUACCCCGUUGGAUUUGUCCGCAACUCCACGCCCGAUGACCAGACCAUCAGGGGGUUCUUGGUGUUUUUGUUCCUGUGGGAGUAUCUCUUGUUCACGAGCACCGUCGCCCACUUUGCGAUUGUGUGGAUUGAUCUCCCUGAAGAAGCGGGAGUGCUGACGACGCUGUUGUGGGUGCUUUGCAUCUUGUUUUGUGGUAUUGGCGUGCUGCCAGGGGAUUUGCCCGCAUUUUGGAAGUUUAUGUACCGGGUCUCGCCGGCGACGUAUCUGGCCGGGGGCAUAUGUCGACUGCUGUCGCGGGGGCAGAUGUUGUCUGUGCGGACUAUGAAGUGUUGUGGAGGGAUUUCGGCAUUGUGUGGGUGUACAUUGUGGUCAAUAUUGUGGCGGCAUUGGGCUUUUAUUGGAUGUUUCGAGUGCCCAGGGGGGCAGGGGCACAGAGGAAGAGGGCAUGAAACAGUGAACGCUGUACUUUCGUAUAGGUAUCUCAUUUUCUAA